ACGUGAAUCGCACGUGCCAAUCCACAAGUGCUUCAUCUCUCUCCCUGAGCGGCAACGGAGGGGCGGCUUCGUUCGCUCCUGCUACGCGUCCCGGCUCACUGCGUUUUCCUCUUCAAUCUCACUCAACCUCGCACGACAUCAUCCAUAGGAUGCUGAGCUUGAGGUAUACUUCACCGAUGAUGGUGGGGAGAUUGGAUAUGACCGCGCUUACUCGAAAGUUCAAUCUUGUAGUUGUUUGUGGUGCAAGGGGCCCUAGACCCAGAUAUCCUCGUGUAUGGAAAUCGCAGAAAAGAAUUGGGACAAUUUCAAAGUCACAAAAGCUUGUUGACUGUGUAAAAGGAUUAUCAAAUGUCAAGGAGGAAGUUUAUGGAGCUCUUGAUUCAUUCAUUGCUUGGGAAUUAGAAUUUCCUCUUGUUGUAGUGAAAAAAGCACUGAAAACCCUUGAGACUGAAAAGGAGUGGAAAAGAAUAAUACAGGUGAUUAAGUGGAUGUUAAACAAAGGUCAGGGAAAGACCAUGGGUAGCUACUAUACUUUGUUAAAUGCUUUAGCGGAAGAUGGGCGUCUCGAAGAGGCAGAGGAACUGUGGAUGAAGAUAUUUUCCGAGUAUUUGGAAAGUCUGCCUCGUGUUUUCUUUAUGAAAAUGAUAUCACUAUAUUACAGCAGGGGGAUGCAUGAAAAGAUGUUUGAGGUAUUUGCAGACAUGGAAGAACUAGGCGUGAGACCAGAUGGUUCAAUUGUAAGAAUAUUAGGCGAUGUAUUUUUGAAGUUAGGUAUGUUGGACAAAUAUGAGAAGUUAAAUAAGAAAUACCCACCGCCUACAUGGGAAUAUCGAUACAUUAAAGGAAAGCGUAUAAGAAUCAGGGUAAAUACGACAAAAAAAAUCAGAGAAUGAAGCUUGUACGAGCCUUGAGGGUACUUAAAUUGAGAGCAGAAUUCACCCUCCAAUGAAGCUAACAGUUAUUCCAGUUGAAGGAAAUUAUGAAAGUGACUGGAUGAUCACGAGAUGAAGAAUUGCCACAGUAAUGUGCAAUAUUCAGAUAAGAGCAGAACACUCAGAAUGCUUUACAGGUUUGAAGGCAACUAAUAGUACAAUGAGUAAUACAAGUGAAAAGGAAUCUGAAUUACCAGAGGCAGGGUAUUUCCAAGCAACAGUUUUGUUUGGCCUUUGUUCCUCAGUCUGCUGUGGAAAAGAAAAUUGUGUUUCUAAUUUGGUAAUUCUGAUUGCGCACUCCAAUCCUAUUUGUAAUUUUUCACCUAUUGCUUGUAAAAACAUUGACGUAUGUUGUUGUUUGGUGGUAGAACAGCCAUUCAUUCAUGCUGUGAAA